CAGUUUCAGUUUAGCCGCGGCCGUCUGAGCACUUAUUACUUAUUAGUCUUGGCUGUCGAGUUCGCUAAUCUUACUUGUAACUUCACUAGUCGCGCGUUCGGUUUCAAUAGAGGUCUCCACAUCGAAGCAACAUCUCGUUCAUCCAUCAACAAACUAUCCACAGGAUCACUCAACAUAGCUACCACUUGGCCUUAAAUAUACUUACCUGUAUAUAUUAUAGAAAAUGAAUAAAAUGUUGACAUUUACAAGAUCCCUGAGCCGUCGAAGCGCAUUUUUACUCGGCGAAGCGAGCGCCGUUAAAAAGAAUCACUUUCGGUCCAUGAGUACUGUUCGCGCACCACCAGUGCCUCCAGUCAUAACGGGUACAGCCGUCAGCAAGGAUGAGACCAGGGAUUUCAUGGCAGUGUUCCCAGACGUUGUCAGAGAUUUAACGGACACCGGCCGUAACUUGGAUAUACCUGAUGUCACCAAAUGGCUUGCAAAGGUGUUACAAUACAAUGUGCCUGGUGGUAAAAAAAACCGAGGAUUGGCUUUGGUACUGUCAUUUAAAAUGCUUUCCUCGCCUUCUGAUCAGACUGAUGAAAAUCUUAGACUGUCUUACAUACUGGGAUGGUGUGUUGAAAUUCUACAAGCUUAUCAAUUAGUGUUGGAUGAUAUAAUGGAUAAUGCUAUUACUAGGCGUGGACGUCCAUGCUGGUAUAGACACAAUGAUAUUGGUCUAAUGGCAGUGAACGAUGGUAUUCUCCUAGAACAGACCAUUUACCAGUUAAUUAAAAAGUACUUCAAGGAUAAGCCUUAUUAUGUACAUAUUCUGGAGCUGUUCUAUGACGUUACAAUGAAAACUUCGAUGGGUCAAUGCCUUGAUAUGUUAACUGCCAAUAGUUUCAAGACAAAAAAACUUGAAAAAUAUACUAUGGAAAAUUAUACAGCUAUUGUGAAAUAUAAGACUGCUUAUUAUUCGUUUUUUCUUCCCGUGUGUCUCGCAAUGCGCAUGACAAACAUCAAUGACCCAGAAAUCUUCCGACAAGCAAAGACCAUAUUGCUUGAAAUGGGACACUUCUUUCAAGUUCAGGAUGACUUUUUAGACUGUUAUGGUGAUCCAGAGGUAAUGGGAAAAAUUGGUACAGACAUUGAAGAUGGCAAAUGUUCAUGGUUAGCUGUAGUGGCUUUGCAAAAGGUUAAUUCUGAGCAAAAAAAACUUAUGGAGGAGAACUAUGGUAUUGAUGAUCCAUUGAAUGUUGCGAUCAUUAAAGAUUUGUAUGCACAGUUGAAAUUGCCAAACACGUUUCACCUCUAUGAAGAAGAAAGUUAUAAAUUAAUAUGUACUCAUAUUCAACAGUUGUCACGAGGUUUGUCACAAGACAUGUUUUUCAAAUUCUUGGAAAAGAUUUAUAAAAGAACACUCUAAUUAGUUAUUUUAAAACUAUCUAAAUGCAUUAAUGGGCAUUUACCUAAAUCAAAUAUAAAUAAUAUAAUUAUUAUUAUUUAUUAGUAGCUAAUCAAUUAACAAAUUGUUAUUAAUAUAUUUUCAUGUUAAAGUUAAGGGCAAUUUUGUGUAAUUUAUUUUAUUAUUAUUUU